AUGCUUCCUUUCUCCCUGUCGCAUCACAUCCUUCGCCGUACACCUUCCCUCCCCACCACUACCAUCACCCGCAUACCCCGUCAGCAGCUUCACCAACGCAGAUCCUAUGCCUGCCAAAUCCACCACCCCACAAAAUUGGGUGCUCUCCGCUCAAAACUCCGUGCCUUUGGAGGGGGUCACAUCGAAUUCGACUUGAAUCAUUCCCCUGGACUCGCCCUGUUGACAUUGUCGAAUCCCGCCAAACAUAAUGCGCUCACCGGGAAGAUGAUGGCCGAACUUGCAGACUGCGUUGACUUCUUGGAGCAGGCUACGACUGACUCUUCGGCUUCGGGUGCAACGGUGUCGGCCAUGGCGAAUACAGGAAAGGAUGAGCAGGGAGGUCAGGCACCGCAGCUGCACCCGGGCUCGGGAUUGGUGCUCAAGAGUGCAGGCCAGGCAAUUGAGAGACUUGAGAAGGCCCACGUCCAGAUUCUACAGGGGCUGGUCGGCGUCAUUAUCACAGGUGCACAGCACAAGUCCUAUUGCGCCGGACUUGAUCUCUCGGCUGCAAAAACGACCCUACUAACCCCUGAGGCUGGGUCUGAGAUGUCCGCCCUAAUGGUCUCAACCCUGACCCGAUUCCUUCGCCUCCCACUCAUUACCAUCGCCGCGAUCGAGAAAGCCGCCGUUGGCGGCGGCGCCGAGAUGACCACCUUUUGCGACCACCGUUGCAUCGCCGAAAAGGCUCGCGUCCAGUUUGUCCAGACCCAGAUGGGUGUCGUCACUGGCUGGGGUGGCGCCAGUCGUUUGCUCAACCUCGUCCCCCGAAGCAGGGCAUUGCGACUUUUAGCGUCCGCAGAGCCGAUUAUGGGAGGUGAGGAGGCUGUGAGGGAGGGGUUUGCACAGCUAAUUGCUCCAUCGGGAAAGGCUGUCGAGAGUGCGACCGAAUAUAUGCAGCAGUAUGUGUGGGAGCGUCGCCCGGUUGAUGGACAGGAGGAGGGCGCGAGGAGGUGCGUAGAGGCUGCAAGGGCAUUUAAGAGGAUUGUGAGCUUUGGGGUCGAUGAUGAGAAUGUGGAGAGAGUUACGGAGUUAGAGAAGGAUUUGUUUAAGCGGUUGUGGGGUGGGAAGGAUAACCUAGCAAGAGUUGAGGCGGCUUCUUCAAAGAAGAAAUAG